GUUUAUAGUUUGUUUUUUUUUCUUUAUUUAAUUGUAAUCAUUUGGAAUUAAUUAUUUUAUUGACUGUAAAUGAUUAGGAAAUAAUUUUGUUCCAUUUUGAAUUGAAAUUGUAUCUUUAUCUACUUGUUGGAAGAUUUUCUCCAUUGUUGUUUAUUUUAGUUUUAUUCUUUUGUUUGAAUAGAGAAAAAUUUUUUUUCUUUUCCACCUUUUCUGUGAUGGGAUCAAAAAAACACAAGAAACAUAAGGAUCACCAUAAAUCUGGUUAUGAGGAUAGUCCAUCUGAACAACGACCAUUGAAACUUGUUCUCAAAGUCGGUUCAUCAUCAUCUUCUUCCAACAAUUUGACCACAACUGCAACCACCACCAAUACAACAUCUUCCUCUUCCUCUUCAUCUUCUUUAAAUCAUCAUCACCAUGCUCAUGAUCAUUCAAUGAUGGGAAGUACCAAACAACCAUCAUCUUUAUCAUCUUCUAUGGUCACCAAUAAUAUGAUGACUGAAGAGAUAAGUUUAACAUCUAACCCUGUUAUUUUAGAUCAACAACAACAACAACAACAACAAUCAUCUUCCUAUGAAAAUGAAACUAUUCCUCGAUUAAGAUUAGCUGUUGAUGGUACAAGUAAAGAUUUAGUUGCCGGCUCUCUAAUGGCUGGUUCUAGUUCAUCUUCUAGUAAAAAAGCAAAGAAGAAAAAGAAAUCAAAGAAACAUCAUAAACAUGGUCAUCAUCGAUCCCAUCAUUCACAUCAUCACCAUAGACAUCACAGAAGAAGCUCUUGUAGUCAUCAUUCAAAAUCAUCUUCAUCAUCUCAACAUCACACCAGUGCUGAUCAACAACAACAACAACAACAGCAACAACUACAACAUCAACAGCAGCAACAGCAACAACAACAACAACAACAACAACCACAACCCUAUGGUACACCAAUCUCAAUAAAAGCUCAUUCCAUUCCCGCUGAAGGUGCUUCCUCCUCCCUACCCACUAAAUCACCUCCUCCACCUCGCCUUGUAUCAACUGGCGGUAAAACUGGUAGUAAAUCACAAUUUAUCCAAUUUCUUGGUCAUCUAUUGAAGAUGCUUCAAAAACGGGAUAACCACGAUUUCUUUGCCUGGCCAGUUACCGAUAUGAUCGCUCCCGGUUAUUCAUCCAUCAUCUCCCAUCCCAUGGAUUUCAGUACAAUGAAGAAAAAAAUUGACCAAGGAUUUUAUGAGACACUGGACAGUUUCCGAUGCGAUGUAAAACUUAUUUGUGACAAUGCAAUGGUUUACAAUAUGCCAGAGACAAUUUAUUAUAAGGCAGCGCGUAAACUUUGGCAUUACGCUAAAUGUAAAAUAUUUAACAAAAAUAUUCUUCCCGAUUUAGCCAAACCUUAUCCCGAUUUAAGUCAUAGUCAACUUGGAUAUGAUAUGGAAGAAACAUCUUCUAUGGAUAUUGACUCCUCCAUUCAGAAAACUUUAGGAAUUGAAAGCUCCCAAAAUGAUAAUCUAAUGGAUCCAAUGAAAUUACCUGACAAAGAGAGUAACGAUUAUAGUGAGAUUGAACUUAUCGACGAUGAGGAAUUAACAGCUGAACAGAUUUUAGCUCACGCCAAGAAAUCAGCUAAAAUUGCUGCAGAUAAAUUAACAUUGGAAAAACCUGAAGGAUCACAUUUAAGUUUUUUACGUCAGAAAACCGAUGGAACAACAACAUUAGGAAUCAUUGGAUGUCAAGGGAAAGAGAAAACCGUUACACUUGGAAGUUUAGUUGGACCAUUAACUGAAGGAAUACCCUGUCUACCUCCGUACAAAGAACCUGAAACAAAUAGAAUCAAAUUAAUUGAUUCGGUAACAAUUACACCUUUCAGCUCCUUCCUUCCUUCAAUGGAUUCAACUUUUGCCACUCUAAACAAAGAGGAGACUCAAUUAUUAACUUCAACCUAUGGAGAAGAUGAGAUUGGCCUUCAUUAUACCCAAAGUUUACUUUCGUUUGCCAGUGACAAUGAUUAUGUGAUGAACAUGGUUGGUUCAUUGCUUGAAGUUCUCACUCAAGGACAACACACGAAAACAAUGAACAAAUUAAAAGAUUUACAGAAAGAAAAGGACAAAGAAAAAGAGAAAGAAAAAGAAAAUGAUAAAGAUGAAGAUAAAGAAAAGGAUAAUAUUAUUACAGAAAAUGAAGAUAUAGAGAUGAUUCCCAUAGAUGCUAAUUCUGAUGGAAUACAGCCACAAUUAGAUAAAAGUACACAAUUACUCAAUGAUCUUCAAACAAUUAAUAAUCAACGUUUAUCAUCAACAACUCAACCUAUCCCACCAACCGAUGAUGAAAUGAAAUUGGCUAACCUUUUGUGUGAUAAAUUAACAACUUUCAUCAGUUCCCAUACAACACCAGCGGAUAUUAGUGAUCCUCGAGCAAUCAGGAAAGCAUUAGGAAUUACAAUUAAAUCAGAAGGACAUUAGGAGCAAUAUUAUUAAUAACUAAAUUAACGAAAUCCUUAUACAUAUUAUCAUUAACAAUAAUCAACUUUAAGUUUUUAUCAGGAGUCGUCAGUUAUUAUUACUUAACUCUUUAUGGUUUCCUUUCUGUAUUUAUCUUUUUAUCUUCCUAUUUUUCUUCCUAUUUUUCUUCCUCCCUUAACGAAAGUCAUCAUCAUCAUCAUCAUCAUCUUCAUCACCACCAUUAUCAUCAUCAUCAUCACUACUAACAUUUGAUUAUUACAUCACAAUCACAAUGAGCCAAUCUUUUCAAUCUCGUUCAAUUAUAAAUAUCAUCUAUUUUUGCUCGUUACCAACCCAAAUUUGAUCAAUGCAAUUUAAUAUGAGGUUAAUUAUCAUCAUCAUAUUAUUUGCACGUCAUUUUUUUUGGGACAAAUCAAUAUAUUGUGUACUUUAUCCGAUCUAAUAAACUACCAUAUAUAUUAAUUUUGGGUAACUACCAAAAUUGAAACCAAAUUAA